UAAACGAUGCCCUCAAGACAAAUGAAUAGGCUAAUCAGACUCGACAUUACCAGGUAGUGAGCUAGUCGGGAUGCUGUGGCCAGCAGUUGCCAGCCGGCAGUUGACAGGGUCAGAGAGCGAAUGCUGCCAUGAGCCAUCAGCAAUGCAUCGCAAUGCAGAAUCCAUCGUCCAAAUAAAACUUGGAGUUACUUCAUCGUCGUCGUGUCUUUCUGCUUUUUCUGCGCCUACCUGUUCCAGUUGCACAACUACCCGUUACUACCUGCCAAUCACAUCGAAAUGAGGGAUUCUCGUUGGAUACUCAGAUCUUCACAAAUGAGAUAAAAAGAUUGACGAAUUUCCUUCCAACCAAAAACAUUUUACUGUGGCCCAAUUCGUACGGCUACCGAUUCGGCAUUGGCCGUCAACCCUUUGUGGACAACGGCUGUCGGGUCAGCAAUUGCCUCAUCACCUACAACUCGACUCUGAUGCCCCACUCGCAAUUCGACGCUUUCCUCGUCCAUCCGCCGACCAUCAACGGGCCGUACAUUCUCAAAGAUCGUCGGCCGGACCAAAUGUUUGUUCUGUUCUCUACCGAACCACCGGUGCACAUGUACCAUCUGCAGAAAUACGAGAAUUACUUCAACUGGACCAUUUCCUACCGGACGGGGUCCACUUUCCAACUGAAAUACGGCGAAAUCAUUCCGCUGGAAAGCGCCCCGCAGACGGAAGAGGAGCUGGCGACAUUGCGGCUGAGCGCGGCCCAGUCGGCUGUCAAUCCGGCCAAAGGGAAAACGAAAUUGGCCAUUUGGAUGGUGACCAAUUGCAAAGCGAGAAGUAACCGGCAGGGAUACGUCAGAGCGUUGAGGAAACAUUUGACAAAUGAAAAGAAUCAGACGUCGCUGGAUAUUUUCAGUCGCGACGGAUGCGAGGGAGGGCGGAUCAUUUGCUCAAGAGAAAAGAACGGUCAGGAAUGUUACGACAGCAUCGAGAGGGACUACAAGUCGUCCUGGGCGGCGCCAAUUACACGGCCCUGGCCCCGCCUCAUUCCUUCAUCAACGCCUUGGACUUCACGCCGAGAGAAUUGGCCAACUAUUUGAAGCAGCUGGACGCCGACGACCGAUUGUACGCCGAGUAUUUCUGGUGGAAGCCGCACUAUCAAGUCGCCAAUCUCUACCACACCAAUCGACAAGUCUUUUGCCACCUCUGCCAGGCCCUUCACUACCAAGUGGGCCAACCUCUGCUGGCCAACGGAUCCACCAUCAAAGAUGUCAAAAAGUGGUACGUGGACGACUCCCAUUGCCUCGACAACCCCAAGUUCGAUGAAACGUAGACAAAUUAAUGUUCAAAGUUUGUGUCGGCUUUUUCUAUUGGCAUGUCCUUUGAUUCGAAAAUACAGACUGCACGUACG